CGGAAACUAGCAUGUUUCACUUCCGGGGUAUCAGACGUAACCAUAAGGGCGUGUCCCAGUCGACAACAUGACCAAGUUGGAGCUGUUCAACGUAUUUCUGAACGACAGACUGACAGCGGCCGCUCAAGAGAUUUUCCGAGCCGUCAAAGACACCUUUGUUGACUACCAGAGUGAAAUUCGCCGCUCGAAAGAGGAGAACGAGCGUCUGAAACGGCUCCUCAAUGUUGCCGUGCAACGACUCUUCCUGCAAUCGGAAGCUUGUGCUGUUCAGUCUCAAGAUCACCACAUCUUUGAACCUGAAAGGGGAAGCAGUUUGCAAUCUCAAGUGAAAAAAGAGCCCAAUCUCAGAGACGUUCGCAGCGAGUGUACGCAUGAUGGAAGAGAGCCAAAAGAAGAACCUUGUGGUCAAUUUGAGACAGAAUUAAAGUCGCAUUCUUUGUUAAUUCAAACAGCAUGUAGUAGAGAUACUGUCUCUUCUCCUUUGCCAUGCCAGAGGACAAAGACAGAGAAUGAAGAACACUUUGCAGCAAGCAGCUCAUCAUCCACUCAGACUGGACAUUCAGAUGGAAAAGACACUCAUAGUGAUCCGAGUGGUACUUAUUCAAAUAUCUACAAAGCCACCCAGAAAGCUCUGUCAGGAUCUGUCAGACAGCAGGUGAAAGGACGUCUUUGGACAAAUAAAAAGCAGAGUGUAAAUUUACUGCAACUCAAACAUGUGAAAUCCCAUAAAUCACCCCCUUCUGAUCCCUCUCACCCGAGCAUACAGAGGUGGCACAGCUGUAAAGAGUGUGGCAAAGGCUUCAGCUUUUCCUGCCAGUUGGAAGUCCACAUGCGUUGGCACACGAAGGAGAAGCCCUACAGCUGUGCAGUGUGCAGAAAGAGCUUCACUACGGUCAGCAUGCUGAAGAGGCACCAUCGCAUCCACACCGGGGAGAAGCCUUUUCGCUGUCAUGUGUGCGGCAAAUGCUUCAAUCAGUCAGCCCACCUUAACACCCAUUUCAGGCUCCACACUAAAGAACAAGCCGGCUGCAGCUAAGCACGGUUUUCUAAGAAACCUCAAUUGACAGAAAACUCAAUUCAAUUCAUGUUUCUCACCACAACUAUGUACUGCAUUUACAAAUUGGCUCUGUGUAAAUGAAAUCUGUUCUA